GUGAUGAAAGAAUUAAUUCUUCUGUUGUAAAAACCCUAGAUGGACACACCCUCCCUUUGGGAAAAGUAAAUAAUUCACAAUUUUACUGCACACUGUCAGCUCUCAUUCAUUAGACUCAAACUCUAAGACGUCCAGCAGCUCCACCCAUUGAAACAAUUUGCCCAGUGGGCAUCUGGAGGAGCCUUGGCACAUGUAUAAAAUCAGCACAAGUUAGAACAACCCUGGCAUAGUGUAUAGCAAAUUGCUUCACUUUUUUAAACUGAAGCAGAAGAUUUUAAAAGCUUUUAAAAGCAACCAUGUCUGGUAAGGGCUUCCAAGGUUUUAAACAACACGCAGAAGGGGAGGUCCAGGAUGCUGCAAAUGCGCUGGGAAAGUCUGCACAGCAGGUAGUGAACCAGGCUACAGAUGCAGGUCAGAAAGCUAUUGAUCAGGCUUGCAAGACUGCCCAAGAAGGUGUAGAAAAAACAACUGGACAAGCAUCAGAAGCCGUGUCUGGCCUUGGGAAAAAAAUUGGACUUAAGAAAUGAUGAUAAUUUAAACAAAGAGUGUGAGAUGUUGUAAUAUCAAUGUUUGCACUGCAAUUCAGUAAUCAUUUGUGUAGAAAUAUGAAAGCUGUUUGAGAUUUGGAUCAUUUACUGUGCUUAGCUUUAUGCCAUAUGCAGAAUGCUCACUCACUAAAUAGUUUUUUUAAAAAAACUUGUACGCUCUAGUCAUAAUCUCCCAUUCAACAUGAAUCAUAAAAGUUUCAGCAGUGACUAAAGUAUUGUCUGUCUCAUACAGUGAUGUAAAGGUUGUUGAUACAUUAGUUCAAUGUACCUAAAAAUUUAAAUGAUGAAACUAUUAAUACUCCUGCCAUCACAUAGGUAAUAAACAGC